GACCGAAAAACAGAAGCUGAACCGUCAAAACAUAAACAGAGCUAGCACACACUCGUGAGCGCACAUAGUCUUUAAUUUGACUGUUUCUUUUGACACGCAUUCUUCAUGUCGUGUGUUUUUACUCCAAGAUUUUCUAUAGCUAUAGCUAGCUAAGUAACGUUAGUAUAGUAGGUUGAAGACAGUAAAUCUGCGCCGAAGAUUAGAACAAACGACGUACUGUAGCUAGCUACGCUCGUUGGGCCUACGACUUGUAGUUAGAGGCUCUCCUCCUGUCCACACGAAGAGAGAAGCAGGAUGGCUGAGGCAGAUGGUAAAUCCAGUGAGCUUAAUGGUGGGUCUGAGGAGCCAGAUCCAGGAGAGGACCAGCGUGGGGAGGGAGAUGCUUCCAUAGCCACAGAGGAGCAGUCUGACUCUCAAGCAGCUCCCAAAAAGGCAGAAGACAGAGCUAAGGACAAGCCAAUGCCAGAUGCAGAGGGUGAGAGGGUGCCUGGCGAGGGAGAGGAUGAGGAAGACACGGACAGCGUGGACGGCAGCGGCCUCUACUCCCUGAACGAGGAAGGGGAGCGAGAUGGUGAGGGGGGUAGAAGAGAGCGAGUGAAGGAGAGAGAUGCAGGUAAGAGGGCCGCCAGAAAGAGGAACCGCCCGAGCGGUGGCACCGCUCACCACUCCUCCAGCUCUGAAGUGGAGGAUGAUGAGGAGGAGGAAGAGCAAGAAGAGGAAGACGAGCAGACCAUGGACGUGUGGCUGGGGGCGGAGCUGCGUGAUCUUGGCAGGCCAUCAUGGCGGGCGGUGCCCUCCCUGCGGUUGAGGGAGAUUGGCCGGGGCUCGCACCAGUUUGUGAGACGUGUGUGUGGCGCACGGGGGCUGGUCCAGAGGCUGGAGCUACAAGGGCGCCUGGAGAGACACACCGGCUGUGUGAACACCCUGCACUUCAACCCCUCAGGCACACGCCUGGCCUCUGGCAGUGAUGACCUACGAGUGGUGGUGUGGGACUGGGCACGACGUCGGGCUGAGCUGGAGUUUGACAGUGGGCAUAAGAGCAAUGUCUUUCAGGCCAAGUUUCUUCCCCACAGUGGAGAUUCAACUCUGGCCAUGUGUGCCCGGGACGGUCAGAUUAGAGUGGCUGAGCUCUCUGCCAUGCAACGCUGCAAGAACACCAAGAGAGUGGCUCAGCAUAAAGGGGCAGCACACAAGCUGGCCCUGGAGCCAGACUCUCCCUGCUGUUUUCUGUCGGCUGGAGAGGAUGCCGUGGUGUUUGGCAUCGACCUUCGCCUCGACCGGCCUGCCAAUAAGCUGGUGGUGGUGAAGGAGGGGGAUAAGAAAGUGGGGUUGUAUACCAUCUUUGUGAAUCCUGUCAACACACAUCACUUUGCUGUGGGAGGGAGAGAUCAGUAUGUCAGGAUCUAUGAUCAGAGGAAGAUAAAUGAGAAUGUUAAUAAUGGCGUACUGAAGAAGUUCUGUCCAUCUCACCUGGUGUCCAGCGAGUCCAAAACGAACAUUACCUGCUUACUGUACAGUCACGAUGGAACAGAGCUCCUGACUAGUUACAAUGAUGAGGACAUCUACUUGUUUGACUCCAGCCACAGUGAUGGUGCAGAUUAUUGCAGGCGAUACAAGGGCCAUCGCAACAACGCUACAGUGAAGGGGGUUAACUUCUAUGGUCCUAGCAGUGAGUUUGUGAUCAGUGGCAGCGAUUGUGGACACAUCUACCUGUGGGACAAGGUCUCAGCUCGCAUAGUCCAGUUCAUGGAGGGAGACAGAGGAGGAGUGGUGAACUGCCUAGAGCCCCACCCUCACCUUCCAGGUCUGGCCACCAGUGGUCUGGAUCAUGAUGUUAAACUUUGGGCCCCCACUGCCGAGAACCCCACAGGGCUCAAGGGUCUCAAAGACGUGAUGAAGAAGAACAAGCGUGAGCGUGACGAGGACACUGUUCGACAUGGAGAUCAGUACGACACACAGCUCCUGUGGUUCCUCAUGAGACACAUGAGAAACAGACGGUCCCAGAGGACACGUCGGGAGGGUGCAGAGGGAGACACUGAUGAGUCAUGGAGCUCUCCAGAUUCCUCUGAUGAAGAGGAUGGAGGGCCAGACCACGUCCAGUGCAUGUCCUCCUGAGCCAAAGAGAUAUACAAGCCAGCCACACACACACACUGCAUUGCCCUGGUAUUGAUGCAUAUAUGCAGGCACUAUUGGCUCACACAUGAACACUGAGACCAUGAAGUAACAGUAAAAAGGUACACACACAUACAUACAUACAUACAUACAUCUGAAAGGGAGUGUGACUAGUAUAGACAGACACAAAACCUCACUUCUAAUCAGACAGGGAGUGAUUGUAGGCAAUUGUGUUCAUGCACAGUCUGAGGGGAGGGGGCUGAUACACUCUCAACCCUGAUUUUGUUCUAACCUGUGUUCUAGGGAGGAUGAUGAGUGCUCACAUCCUUACACAACCAGUAAGACUCAUCUACACCCACACUUAUGCUCUGCCAAGCCAGAGAACAUAAGAACUCAUAAUCAGUUGUCCGUCAUCUGCAAUGCAGACGUUACCCCCCUCUCUUUCCCCUCUACUUUUCUGUUGGGGGAUUUGAAGAAAGGGGUUGAUGUACCUUCAGACCUUUUGAUCAACCCUCAAAUGUGAUUCAUUCAUAUUUUUUUUUCAAGGGCCAAACCAGAGCCCCUAACAACCUCUCUAGGGUUAGCCUCAGAACAUCUGCAUGUGGUCAAUCAGCUUAGCCUGCAGAUGGCUCAUACCUGGUGACUGCAUCCCUUAUACUCUGCUGUGUUUUUUUUUCACUCUCCCUCAGCCCAAUGCCUUCCAACCCCCCACCUCCCAUCCCACGCUACUGAGUGCACUUUAAUCAGGGAUGUUUGGGUUUUAUAGACAAAGUGUGCACUGGGGGGGCCAACCAUGCAUUGUUAUGAAACAUUGGCUACGUUGGCUCCCCAGAACACCUCAGUAAAGUAAAGGUGCGUUGUAAAAUGAGAGGUAUUUGACUAGUUGUUUAGUUUGGGAUAUGCACUUAGCAGGAGUGUCUUGAACAGAGCUCCAGCUGAAAGAUUCCCUUUCCUUCCAUCAACUUAACCCCCUCCCUCCUUCACACUCCUCCUGGACAAGUACCCUGACCUAAGCCUCUACCUCCCUAAAGGCCUUCCCACGCUGUACGUCAAAAUCUGUAUUUUACCAUUAUUACAUGUCACACUGUGCGAUGUUACCAAAUUAAAAUCUUGAUAUCAACCUGG